UGUAGUUUCAAUACACGGUAUGUUGAAUAGUAUUCACGGUCAGGGCGCUGGUCAGCCAAUCAGACCCAUGUGUGGGCGGGGCUAUGUCCUCGCUAACCAGGAAGCGGCAGGUUGAAGUUACCAGACGGAGGGAAGCCGGUUGAGGGCGGAAGUGACAGAACAGCUGAGCUUCAUGUUCCUGUUUCUUUCAGCUUCACCGUCUGGAUCCGACAUUUAGAGACUUUCACUCAUCGGAUCUACCGAGGGAGAGAAAACCGAACAACCAGCAGCCUGACACAGAUUGUGCUCUUCGUCUGAAGCAGACUCUCUGUGGGACGGACCAGUGAGCUGCAGAAGACAAACAGAGGACAGACAGAGUUGGAUCAGAGGAAGCUUCGUCCUGAAGUAGCAUGGAGCUGUCACUGGCUCACCCGGCCCUGAAAGCCUUCAUGUGCGGCUCCGUCAGCGGGACCUGCUCCACGCUGCUGUUCCAGCCUCUCGACCUGAUCAAGACCCGUCUGCAGACGCUGCAGGGCGGCGUGCAGCCCGGGUCGGGCAGGGUGGGGAUGGUGACGGUGCUUCUGAGCGUGGUGCGGACAGAGAGGCUUCUGGGACUGUGGAAAGGAAUUUCACCGUCCUUUGUCCGCACCAUCCCGGGCGUGGGGAUCUACUUCAGCACCUUCUACUCUCUGAAGCAGCACUUCCUCCAGGACGGCAGCCCCGGGCCCACGCAGGCCAUGCUGCUGGGAGGCGGGGCCCGGGCGGUGGCCGGGGUCUUCAUGCUGCCGGUCACUGUCAUCAAGACACGAUUUGAAUGUGGCAGGUACGGGUACAGCAGUGUGGUGGGGGCUCUGCGCAGCGUGUGUCAGACCGAGGGUCCUGCCUCUCUGUUCUCGGGCCUCAUGGCGACUCUCCUCAGAGACGUUCCCUUCUCUGGUAUCUACGUCAUGUUCUACAGCCAGGCCAAGGCCUCGCUGCCAACAGAAAUCAGCACGUCUCCGUCGGCCCACCUGGCGAACUUCAGCUGUGGGAUCCUGGCGGGCGUGUUGGCCUCUCUGAUCACUCAGCCGGCCGACGUGGUCAAAACCCAACAGCACGUAGCUGCGUUAUUCAUUCAAAGGUCUGACCUCUGUGUUUAUCCGUUCUUUAAGGAACAUGGCGUCCAGGGCUUCUUCAGGGGGGCAGUUCCUCGCUCACUGAGGAGGACCAUGGUGGCCGCCAUGGCGUGGACGGUGUAUGAGAAGAUGAUGGCUCACGUCGGACUGAAGUCCUGAAGGGGAACGUGGACGAGUGAAGAGAAGGAAGAGAAUCAAGUCAAGUCACUGUAUGAGGACGAUGAAUGUGUGAAGAGGAGGAAACUGUGUGGAGACGCUGACUCGUGAGCAGAGACUCGUCUGAAUGAGCCACGUGCACGUUGCCACAGAGCUGUGGAGAUUUAUUAAUGAAGUGUGUCACUGUGCUGUGGCUGAAGUUCAGGAGUCCAACUUCCUGCCUGUGCAAAGUAACUCUGGAGAAGCUAGCAGUGACACUGAUUAUAUUUUAAAUCGCGCAACAAGUUUUUAAUGUCAGUGAGCGUUUGGACUCCGUCAUGAAGUUCUGGAGACGCAGUGGAACUCUCCUGUGUCUGUUGAGUUCAAGAAGACGUCUGUGAUGACACAGCUCAGACGUCAGUGAUGACACAGCUCAGACGUCUGUGAUGCACUUUAACCUCGGCCGUCCUUUCAUGGAACAGUCUAACACCUGGAGAGACUCGUAAAUGCCUUUCUAAUAACACAGUGUAAUUUAUGUUCUUAUAUUUUUUUAAGUUUUAAAUUGAUUGUGCUUCUAACCUGCCUUUUUAAAUUACAACAUGUUUUGGUUUUUGCUUUGGUAAAAGUAUUUCAUCUUUUAAAACAAACGGGACUCGGUCAGUGUGAUGAAUGACUCAGCAUCCGAAGAGAGGAGAUGGAAACUUGCUGCUGUCAGAACGUAAAGGCCAAAGACUCGUCGCUGUGGAGCGGAGAUAAGCAGGAGGAGGGGGGGGGUGACCAGGCAUCAAAUAGUGAAUAAGUACAAGGUGGAGGGGAGGAGGGUCAGGCUCAAGUUAGGAAAGAAAGUAUUUUUUGUGUCUUUCUGCUGGAAACAGAUAAUUACAUAAAUCUGUGUUUACUAAACUUUACAAAUGAACUAUGACUCUUUUUUUUUUAUAUUUACUGUGUCUGGUUCUUUAACCUCCAACUUUCCCAGAAACCUCAUGUCAGUCCUUCAUGUGACAGAUGGCGUGCUCCUCUUCUUCUCUGACCUUAUUUGUAUCGACCGUCACCUCUAACGUCCUCGACUUUCACCCAAACCCCGGGUUCUGCAGCCACGUAGUUUGAGGCUGUUCAGUCAUGAAGGUGUAAAGUGUCCUCACAUGUUCACAGGAAGAAAGUAAAGUUUGUUUGUAAUCGUACUUUUCACAGAGACAAAGUUCUUUAAAGGCCCAACAGAUUAAAAUUAGUUACACAAUACAAAUAUAAAAUCAAACACAAACCACCUGAAAACCUCUUUCAACACUUUACAUCCUACACAAGUUUCUGCUUGUUGUGUAAUUGUGUCAACACGAGGAUCUCUGUCCCUGGAACUCUUUAUCUCGGACAAAUAAAGUUGCUCCACAGGUCAGUU